CACUUACGCAUCUCUAGUCUCUUAUACAUCAUGGCUGACGAAGCACAGUCAACUCUCGAAAUCGACCCAAAGACGCUGAAUCCUCUUUCACCAGAGGUUAUUUCAAAGCAAGCUACUAUUAACAUUGGUACCAUUGGUCACGUAGCCCACGGUAAAUCAACCGUAGUCAAAGCCAUUUCGGGUGUCUUGACUGUUCGUUUCAAGAAUGAAUUGGAACGUAAUAUUACAAUCAAGCUCGGUUAUGCAAACGCAAAGAUCUACAAGUGCGAUAACCCAGCAUGCGCUCGACCUGGAUGCUAUCGAUCAUACGGCUCAACUAAGGAGGACCACCCUCCAUGCGAGCGACCCGGAUGUGGUGGAAAGAUGAACUUGGUCCGACACGUUUCAUUCGUCGAUUGCCCAGGGCACGACAUUCUCAUGACAACUAUGCUUUCAGGUGCUGCAGUCAUGGACGCUGCAAUGCUUUUGAUCGCCGGAAACGAAUCCUGCCCUCAACCACAAACCUCAGAACAUUUGGCUGCUAUCGAAAUUAUGAAGUUGAAGCACAUCAUCAUCUUGCAAAACAAGGUCGAUCUUGUCAAGGAAUCUGCUGCUGAAGAACAACACAAGGAUAUUUUGGCAUUCGUCAAGGGUACUGUUGCUGAUGGCGCCCCCGUCAUUCCUAUCUCUGCCCAAUUGAAGUACAACAUUGAUGCCGUGUCUGAAUACAUUGUCAAAAAGGUUCCCAUUCCUCCUCGCGACUUCUCUGCUGAACCACGACUUAUUGUCAUUCGUUCCUUUGACGUCAACAAGCCCGGUGCUGACACUACACAACUUUUGGGAGGUGUCGCUGGUGGUUCUAUUUUGAAGGGUGUGUUGAAGCUCGGUGAUGAAAUCGAAGUUCGCCCAGGUGUCAUUGUCAAGGAUCAAGAAGGAAAGAUUCGUUGCAGACCUAUCUUGUCCAAAAUCCUUACCCUUAACGCUGAAAAGAAUGCCCUUCAAUUCGCCGUUCCUGGUGGUUUGAUUGGUGUUGGUACUCAGAUGGAUCCUACUCUUUGCCGUGGUGAUCGUCUUGUUGGUCAGCAACUUGGUUUCCCCGGCACUCUUCCUCAAAUUUACACAGAAUUGCAAGUUUCUUACUUCUUGCUUCGCCGACUUCUUGGUGUCAAGACCGACGACAAGAAGCAAGCCAAGGUUGCCAAGCUCACCAAGGGUGAAUUGUUGUUGGUUAACAUCGGUUCCGUCUCUACUGGUGGUCGCGUCGUCGCCGUUAAGGCUGAUUUGGCAAGGAUUGUUUUGACUGGUCCCACAUGCACAGAAAUUGGUGACAAGGUUGCAUUGUCUAGAAAGAUUGACAAGCACUGGCGUCUCAUUGGUUGGGGUAAGAUCAAGAGCGGAGCGGUUCUCGAGCCAGAAUCAAACUAGAAAAAUAAAAACACGAAAAAUAAGAAAGAAAUAUCAGCAGUAUCUUUGCAAAUAAAGGAAAGACAAACCAUAUAUAAACUUGUCAUAAAAAGUGUACCUUGCUAG